UAUUACCUUGCACUCCAGUUCCUUUCAUUAUUCAGUUGUUAACAAAGCUUAAACCGGGCGCCACCGCUACACUACGCGCCACCGUCUGCUCAGCAUUUAUUUGCUGUUUUUUUUCCUUUUUCAUGUUUGACCAAAUAGUGUGUUAGGAUGGGUUGUACGGCGUCAAAGCUAGACAAUGAAGAGAUCGUAAGGCGGUGCAAGGACCGGCGACGCUUGAUGAAGGAAGCCGUUCACGCUCGACAUCACCUAGCCGCGGCUCACGCCGACUACUGCCGCUCUCUUCGUGUAACUGGCUCGGCUCUCGCCUCCUUCGCGGCCGGUGAGCCUAUUUCCGUCUCCGACGAAACCCCUGCCGUUCUUCUCCACCCUCCCAACCCAUCUCCUCCACCAGCCAAUCCCACCACUCCACGUGUCCCUCCAUCUCCCUCCCCUUCCCUGCACCCUCCCCCUCCUCCUUUCUUUCCUUCCCCUUCCCCUUCUCCUUCUCCGACUAUAGCUUGCUCGAAACUCCCUCACAUACUCUCCGGUUCUAGUGUCUCAUCUCCGGUACCCGCACCCAAUCGUCGUCGGCCACGUAAGAUACCCCCGAAACUCCCUCACAUUUUGUCCGAAUCGAGCCUUUCUUCUUCUCCUCGAAGCUCGAAAUCUGGGUUUUCCAACCACGUUUUCCCUACAGCUUAUCCAGCUAAUUCCACGUACUCAGCCACUCCUUCCCAAGCUUCUUCCGUUUGGAACUGGGAAAAUUUUUACCCUCCCUCACCACCAGACUCCGAAUUCUUUGACCAAAAAGUACAACAACGAAAGCAACCUCAUCAUUUAGAUUCUAACUACCCUGAAGAUACGGAAGAUACCGAAACGGAAAAAUCAGAAUAUGAUUUCUUCCGUCCACAAAAGCUGAACCACCGUUACAACAUCAGUUCCGGUAAUGCCAAGAGUAAUUUUGACGAGGAAACGGAAAGAGAAGAAGUGCAUUGCAGCGAAUGGGGGGACCAUGAUCAUGAUCGUUUUACUACAACGAGUUCAUCGGAAGAAGAGGGAUAUGAUGACGUGGCAUCCAGAUCCGAGAUCGGGGCCCGCGACAGUUUCCGGUCUUCGAGGAGAGGGGAGUCGGAGAAGUUGCAUCAUCUUCCUCAGACUCCUCCGCCGGUACAACCGCAGCCACGGCAGCAUAUGUACGGAUCAGCCGCAGGUAAUAAAAUGGAUGAUAAGUCGGAGGAUGCAGGAUUGUCUGCGGGCGGUUAUGGAACGGGCGCUAUGAUGGAUAUGACGAUGGUUGUUAGGCAUAAGGAUUUGAAAGAGAUCGUUGAUGCGAUCAAAGAGAAUUUCGAUAAGGCUGCCGCCGCCGGAGAUCAAGUUUCCGAGAUGCUUGAGAUCAGUAGAGCUCAGCUUGAUAAAAGUUUCAGGCAGUUGAAAAAGACAGUAUAUCAUUCAAGUAGCAUAUUCAGUAACCUGAGCUCAAGCUGGACUUCAAAGCCGCCGUUGGCGGUGAAAUACCGACUUGACGCGACCGCCCUCAAUGAACCGGGCGGUUCAAAGAGCCUUUGUUCUACUUUGGACCGGCUCCUUGCUUGGGAGAAGAAACUCUACGAGGACGUUAAGGCUAGAGAAGGAGUAAAGAUUGAGCAUGAGAAAAAGUUGUCAGCAUUGCAAAAUCAAGAAUACAAGGGAGAGGAUGAAGCCAAGAUAAACAAGACCAAGGCCUCGAUAACAAGGCUGCAGUCACUAAUUAUUGUCACAUCUCAGGCUGUCUCUACCACCUCUAUUGCCAUUAUCGGGCUUAGAGACAGUAAUCUUGUUCCUCAGCUUGUUGAAAUCUGUCAUGGCUUGAGGUAUAUGUGGGGGUCAAUGCAUCAAUACCAUGAAGUUCAGAGCAACAUUGUACAGCAAGUCCGUGGCCUUAUAAACAGAUCAGUGAAAGGUGAUUCCACUUCUGAACUGCAUCGGCAGGCAACACGAGAUCUUGAGUCUGCUGUCACUGCGUGGCACUCUAGUUUCUGUCGCUUAAUAAAAUUUCAACGUGAUUUUAUCUGCUCCCUCCAUGGCUGGUUCAAGCUUUCCCUUCUCCCUCUCAGCAAUGACAAUGUUGAUGGCAAUGCAGACCCUUCUGGUGUAUAUGCAUUUUGCGACGAGUGGAAGCUUGCUCUUGAACGUGUACCUGACACAGUAGCUUCUGAAGGUAUCAAAAGUUUCAUCAAUGUUGUCCGUGUGAUAUCUGCCAAACAAACUGAAGAGCUUAAGAUUAAGAAGCGAACAGAAAAUGCAUCAAAGGAGCUUGAGAAAAAGGCAUCAUCUCUCCGGAACAUAGAAAGGAAGUUCUACCACUCGUACUCUAUGGUUGGUAUAGGGCCUCCUGAUUCGGGAUCUGAUCAUGGACCGGUUCUGGAUGCUCGGGAUCCCCUUUCUGAAAAGAAAUCAGAGCUUGCAGCCUGUCAAAGGCGGGUGGAAGAUGAAAUGAUGAGGCAUGCCAAAGCAGUAGAGGUAACUAGAGCAAUGACCCUGAAUAAUCUUCAAACAGGCUUGCCCGGCGUUUUUCGAGCAUUAACCAGCUUUUCUGGUGUAUUUACUGAGGCACUUGACUCGGUAUGCUCCCGUUCCUAUCAUAUCAAAUAGAUGAAUACAUUUUUUCCCCACUUGAAUUUUUGAGAAAAGUUAAAAACAUAUAAGAGCUGGGUUGCUCUUAUAAUUAUUGUUUUGGGAUGUGUAAAUACAUGGGAGGUCUUUGGUUU